CCUCCCCUUCCGCACCGCCCAGAGGAGCCGGGGAAGGGCCGGACCCAGCCCGCCAGCCCCCUUCAACCAGGGGGUGACCCCCAUACAUCUUCCUGCCCCCUAUACAGCCCCUCCCCCAUCCCUGCCUGGCGUGCGAACCCCUAAGCCAGGGGGUGACCCCCCAUUCAUCUUCCUGCCCCCUAUACAGCCCCUCCCCCAUCCCCCCGGCGCGCGAACCCCUAAGCCAGGGGGUGACCCCCCAUACAUCUUCCUGCCCCCUAUACAGCCCCUGCCCCCAUCCCCCCGGCGCGCGAACCCCUAAGCCAGGGGGUGACCCCCAUACACCGGCCUGCCCCCUAUACAGCCCCUUCCCUCAUUGCCCCCCAGAGCACGAACCCCGAGCCAGGGGGUGACCCCCCCAUACACCUGCCUGCCCCCCAUAGAGCCCCACGUGAACCACGGGUGGCCCCCAGCCAGCCCCCCUCCGCCAGCCCCCUUGGCGUGCAAACCCCUGAACCGGGGGGUGACCUCCCAUACACCUGCGUGCUGCCAUACAGCCUCCCUGAGCACAAACCCCUGAGCCAGGGGGUGACCCCCCCAUACAGCCCCUCCCCAUACAGACUCCCAAGGUGCUCUCCCCCCCCCUACAGCCCACAACUGGCCAGCUCCCUCCCCUGGCCUGAGCACCCCCUGCCUCCGAGCUGCACCUGCGUGGGGCUGGAUGGUGCUGUAGCCCCCUACGAUGAGGAGAAGCCUGGCUCCCAGCCAGCUGGCUAAGAGGAAGCCAGGGGGCGAUGGCUCAGAGGAUGAUGAGGAUUGGCACCCCGAGGCGACACCGAAGAAGCAGAAACCUGGCAGUGAGAGCCAGAGCUGGGAAUGUUACAUGUCACCUUUCAGGAAACCCUUGGCCCAGUUGACCAAUCGACCUCACUGCCUUGAUAGCAGCAAACAUGAGGCAUUUAUCCGCAGCAUUUUGUCAAAACCCUUCAAAGUACCCAUUCCAAAUUAUCAAGGGUCGCUGGGCUUGAGGGCCCUGGGCAUCAAACGGACAGGGGUAAGGACUGCGCUCCAUGACCCUUUUGAAGAAGGGGCUCUGGUUCUUUAUGAGCCCCCGCCACUGGGCGCACAUGACCAGCUGAAAAUAGACAAGGACAAAGUGCCAGUCCAUGUUGUAGUGGACCCCGUUCUCAGUCGCGUUUUACGGCCUCAUCAGAGAGAAGGCGUGAAGUUUCUUUGGGAAUGUGUCACGAGCCGAAGGAUCCCUGGGAGCCAUGGCUGCAUAAUGGCUGACGAGAUGGGUCUGGGCAAGACCCUCCAAUGCAUCACUCUGAUGUGGACGCUGCUGCGUCAGAGCCCCGACGGCAAGCCUGAAAUCGACAAGGCUAUGGUGGUCUCUCCUUCCAGCCUGGUUAAAAACUGGUACAAUGAAGUCGGCAAAUGGCUCGGAGGAAGGAUUCAGCCACUGGCCAUUGAUGGAGGCUCCAAAGAUGAGAUAGACCGUAAACUAGCCGGCUUUAUGAACCAGCGCGGCUUGCGAGUGCCUUCCCCCAUCCUGAUCAUCUCCUACGAGACGUUCCGCCUUCACGCCGAAGUUCUCCAGAAGGGGAGUGUCGGGCUGGUCAUAUGUGACGAGGGCCAUAGGCUGAAGAACUCUGAAAACCAAACGUACCAGGCUCUGGACGGCUUAAACACCCCACGGCGAGUUCUCAUCUCAGGGACCCCCAUUCAGAAUGACCUGCUCGAAUACUUCAGCUUGGUGCACUUCGUUAACUCGGGCAUCCUAGGGACAGCACAGGAGUUUAAAAAGCAUUUUGAAAUCCCGAUUCUAAAAGGCAGAGAUGCAGAUGCAAGUGAAGUGGAGAGGCACAAAGGGGAGGAGCGUCUCAAAGAGCUGAUCAGCAUUGUGAACAGAUGUUUGAUCAGGAGAACUUCAGAUAUCCUGUCCAAGUACCUACCUGCGAAAAUCGAGCAGGUGGUUUGCUGCAGGCUUACACCUCUGCAGACUGAGCUGUACAAACACUUCCUGAAGCAGGCGAAGCCAGCCGAAGAGCUGAAGGAGGGGAAGAUCAGCGUGUCGUCUCUCUCCUCCAUCACGUCCCUGAAGAAGCUCUGUAACCACCCUGCCCUGAUCUACGAGAAGUGUGUGGAGGAGGAGGAAGGGUUUGCAGGAGCACUGGAAUUGUUCCCUGCUGGCUACAGUCCCAAGUCCCUGGAGCCCCAACUGUCAGGAAAGAUGCUGGUGUUGGACUACAUCCUGGCUGUGACUAGAAGCACUAGCAGUGACAAGGUAGUCCUGGUCUCCAAUUACACCCAAACUCUGGACCUCUUUGAGAAGCUCUGCAGGACUAGGAGGUAUUUAUAUGUCCGACUGGAUGGCACCAUGUCCAUUAAAAAGAGAGCAAAGAUCGUAGAGCGGUUUAACAGCCUCUCGAGCCCUGAGUUUGUCUUCAUGUUGAGCAGCAAAGCAGGUGGCUGUGGCUUGAACUUGAUUGGGGCAAACAGGCUCAUCAUGUUUGACCCGGAUUGGAAUCCGGCCAAUGACGAACAAGCCAUGGCUCGAGUGUGGCGAGACGGCCAGAAGAAGAUCUGCUACAUCUACAGGUUGCUCUCAACGGGGACAAUUGAGGAGAAGAUUUUCCAGCGUCAGACCCACAAGAAGGCACUCAGCAGCUGCGUGGUGGAUGAGGAGCAGGAUGUGGAGAGGCACUUCUCGCUAGGGGAGCUGAAGGAGCUGUUCAUAUUGAAUGAGACCACAGCCAGCGAUACCCAUGACAAGAUUAAGUGUCGCCGCUGUGUGAAUGGCCACCAGGUAAAGCCUCCUCCUGACGGUUCUGACUGCACCUCUGACCUCUCCCAGUGGAACCACUGUGCUGACAAGCGUGGGCUCCAGGACUCUGUGCUGAAGGCCACGUGGGAUGCUGCUGUCACCUUCACGUUCCAUCACCAUUCCCACGAGGAGCAGCGAGGGAUUCCCUGACAAUGCAUCUCUGAGGGUGGGGAUGAGGGAAGGCUCCUGUGGAAGUCAGUCAAGCCCGCUUCAAUCACUUUCAAAGCAGAGGUCUGAUAACAAUGCAGCCUGUGCUGUAUCUGGAUCCAGAACAGCAGGACAACGUUGUUCUGUUUUCUUCCACCAAGAAAUUGGUAGGUCUUGAAAACUGUUAAACUUGUGCUUGGGACAGCAGGAAGCACAAGGUAUUAUCCAUGCCACUCUUGUGUAUAUAGUGUGUACUGGAGAAACAGCUGUUUGGCUUGUGUAGUGAUGUGCUUCAGUUUAACCUAGGAUCUAUUGUAAUAGAUAGCAUCAGGGCAUAACCAGGUCUGCAUCUGUGAGAGCACAUGCAAGUUUGCAAUUUGUAUCAUCUUUUUAUUUACCUGAGUCCCAUUACAAACAAACAAGCUCCAUCUUCAGGUGCAGGUUAAUUCCUGGCUGCAGAUCUGGUUUUCCAUGUGCAACUACCACCUACACAAGAUUUUUUUCUCAGAGCCACAGUUUACAGGCUAGAUACUGAAUGCAUAGGCACUGAUGAGAUCUGGAAUUGGCUGGCAGGGUUGACCUAUAUUAUGUAGUAGACACCUCUGGGAAAUAUAAUUCAUCUCCAGAUCAAUCCAACUUAAGCCAUUUUUUAAAAUCUUGGUCUAAAUCACUUGUGCUUCUGGAUGGACCAAUCUGAGACAUCUCCAAAGAGCCUGAUUUUCAGAAAGUGCAUCAGUCAGGCCCCAUUAAAUUAACUCUUCACUUUAAAAUCUUGGCAGAAACAACUAAUUUGUGUUGGCAUCAUUUUUAGCAAGUUCAUCUUUUGACAAUGCAGUAAAAGAAUAGUCCCUAAUGUACCAAAACUUCUAAACUACAUUUUAUAAAAUAAAGUUGCUGAAGGACAAAAAACCUGUUCUGUUUAAAACAUUUUUAUAAAAUAAGUGUACGUAUUAAAUAAAUACACGUUAAGGAAAGCAGGGCCUAAGGACGGACUUCCCUCCAAGGGU